AUGCCGCACAUCAAACCAUUUCUUCCAUUCAUUGCUUCAUCUCGUCUUGGUGACUCGGUAUGGUCCGAAGAGCACAACGCUUUCAUGUUCGUCGAACGAGCUUGGGCUCAGCCAAAAGAGAUGAUACUGAAAAUGACGACCCUUAAGCAUGGCGGGCUUGGUGGAACGAAAGCGGUUCGACCCGGGGGCGUGAACCGGAAACAGUCAAAUCGCGUCACGACCAUGUUAUUGUAUUUUGAUCUCGCCACAGUCAACAUCACUGAUUAUGUGAAUCCAAUGAGCGGCUAUAUGAAACUCUGGCAAUUACGAUCGGAUCUCUGGCAAGAAGUGGUAUCCGGAAGUUGUCAAUGUAUCUACCUACUCCAUCCUCCACGACUUGUCAGCCUUUUGUGGAAGAUCGCUCGACUAUUCCUAACCGAA